AUGGCUGGACAACGAGCUGCGCGCCUGCAGGUUGGCUCAGCGCCAUGGAUAGCAGAAGAGCGCUCGUCGGCUCAAAAUAUUGCCCAGGACGAGAUUGAAGAGUUCACGUUCAGCGCGCGGAACGACUUCGAGUGGUUGAACGAGCACAUGGCGGACAUAUUCAGCGAAAAUCAAAUUCAUGUUGCAGAAAUAUUCAAGACGCCUGGCAAGCUACGCGGCAAGACACCGCGAACUGCCCGGAAAGCCAACCCUACCGGACCGCGCGUGCCAUUGGCCGACAUAUUCAGCGCCACCCCGAAAGGAGCGCCUAACCCAUUCGCGAGCUCUUCUAUCGUAGACCGCACCCCAGCACCAAGGGUCAAGAUUGCCACAGAUCCGAUUCCACAACCAAGUCCUGCAAAAGUACAGAAUGUUGCACCUUCAAAUUACGUGUCUAUGGUGGACUCCGGAUAUCACGGAAGCCAGGAGCUUAUGGAUGUGGACGAAGGGGAGAUGGAUUUUGAAGAACCAACGCAGCUCGCAAGCCCAAGAGGAAACCACGAACAUGUCGCUUUCCAGGUGUCUUCCCCAGUGCGCGAAAUCCAGGAAACACCUGCGCGCGGCUCACCAGAACCCACGGCGACUAUCGAUACUGUACGUGCCGAGCUCGACACGCAGUACUUUACCGCCAACAUUGACAAGAUUCCGUCACCAAAGAGCCACCCGGGCCAUCACGAGAGCACCACUCCAGCGGGCUCUCCGAUUCAGCAUGAAGUUGAGGACUCACCUCAAGAAAGCUCUCCUGUGAAAUCAUCACCAGUCAAACUAUCCUCGAUUCAGCCACCACAGGUCGAAGUAAAGCCAAUUCAAGAGACCGAGGUCCUGGAGACUGCGGACGAGGAGGCAUCUCAAUCCGCCUCUGAUGGAUCGAGUCCCAUCAGACCUGUUGUUCGAAAGAGCAGCUUGAACUUUGCCUCACUACCGGCUCGUGAGCCUAUGACUCACAAGAGCAUCGGAAACCGUAUCUCGAGAACUAGCCACAUUGACAAACGGAAUAGCUAUUAUAACAGAACCACUGGCGGAAAGAGUCUCGGUAACAUCAGACCUGAAGUAUCCGACGAUGAGAAUGAUGAUAUGGAUAUUGAUGACGAUGACGAUGAAGACGACAUCGAUAUCGUUUCUCAGGCUCCGAGGGCUCCGGCGCAGGUGGAAGAGGCAGCCACAGCUACCGAGCACAACAAAACAUACACACAACGGCUACAGGAUCAGAUCAGCAAGCUUGGUCAAUCCCAACCGGCACCACCACGUCUAUCCAAGUCGAUCGCCAAUUCUGUGCUGCCGGCAGCCUCCGUGGCUCCUAUGGCUCCUUCAGCUGCUCCGGGCGUUAUUACAGCUCCUCAGUCGCCAGAAAAACCGAAGCUGUCAUCUCCCAAGACACAAGCAACACCGGGGGCAUUCCCCGAGGAUGACGACGACGAUGACUGGAUCGAGCCUCUAGGCACCCCGGAUAAUGCAUCCAACAUGUUCAGUCCACGACCCGCACUGCCAAAGAGCCAUACCGCUGAUGUAAUGGAAGGCGUGUCUGGCAAGACUACAGUCAGUGGCAGUGAAUUCACCAUGCCGAAGACGCGCCAGCACGAAAUCCGUCCCAAGUCUCCCGAAAAGCCUGUCGUUCCCUCGAAAACGACGAGUGCUUUGGGUCAUCACAAGUCAGCCUCCGUCCCGUCGAUCCCAAUCAUGACCCAGGAUGAAGACGAAAUGUUGGCAUUGAAGCAGACAAUGUCCGUUUCUAACCCAUCACUUGCACCUGUGGCAGAGGAUGACGACUUUGAUUUCGAUGCGCCUCCAAAGUCGCCCUCUCGGACUCUGAGGGAAAGCCCCUUGAAGCAAGUUAAGAACAAGCUUUCGUCGAUUUUAAAAACCUCAAAAGGACUGCUUGCAAGUAGUGCUGCGAUCAGCGCCGAGGGCAAAUCUCUUCUCUCACCAUCCAGCAUUCGCUUGGGCUUGCAUGCCGCUCCUUCGACAUCCUCUCUUGAGCAGACAUCUUCACACACCUCCCAGCCUCUUUACCCCGAUCUUUCUCAAAAGAUAUUUGAUGUGCAGUCUCAGAUCCGGCCCCCUAGCCCUGUACGUCUCGAAGGCCGCAGGACCCGGGCCUCGAUUGAGCGCGAAAAGGCGGAAGAGAAGCGCAAGGAGAAGGAAGCCAAGGAAGCGAAACGGGUAGCUGAACAAAUGGAGAAGCUUGAGAAGGCCCGCGAACAGGAACGGGAAAAGGCUCGCGUUUUCAGCAAGGAACAGGAGCGCAUUGCCGCCAUGGAAAAGCAGGCUGCCGAGCUUGCUCAGAAGAAACAGAGACCGGUUGAAACGCCAGUCCCUCCUCCGGUGCUUCCAAUUUCUAAGCCGACACGCACAAGUCCUCGUCGAAAGCCAGUUAAUGGCACAGAAACAGAAGAGCGAUCUGCAGCAGAUACGAAGGCAGAUGCCGAUGUUGAUAUGACUGAAGCACCAUCUUCCAUGCCUCCUCCAUCAGUGCCACGACCGGCAUCAGCAGCAAAGGGUCGGGAGAUCAAGCGACCAAUGAAGCCGACAAAGGAGCCUAUGAGCAAAGCGAAGCAGGCGCCCACAGUGAUUCGUGUGAAUAUGGGAUCCCAGCACUCUCAGUAUCAGCCUUCAAACAGCACGCUUUCUUCUGGCCUGCACGAAACACUGGGAGUGACGAGCCAGCAAGCGCAGCCCAAGAGCAAGGCCAGUCAAGCGACCAUGCAAAGGCCUACUCCUCAGAGCCUCAAGAGCUCACAGUCCUCAAGCAGCCGGCCCAAGGCGCUUGAGAUGGCAGCACGGAGGAAGGAGCAAGAGGAGCGGGAGGCGCAACGUAAGCGCGACGCCAAGGCAGAGAUGGAGCGCAAGAGAGACGAGGAGCGGCUUCAGGAGCAGCAGCGCAAACUCGAGGCCGAUAAGCAAAAGGAAGAGGAGCGCAGACAAGCUGCAGCCGCCCGUGAGGAAGCGAAGAAGAAGGCUAUCUUGGAAAAGGCAAAGCAAACGCGAGCGCCGCCGCCGGCAGCGCGAUCUAUCAACGGCCAACCUGAUUAUAAAGGAAGUUCCCAGAGCAGCCAGCCGAGUCGCCCUGCUUCUCGCUUGGGUUCAUUGGCGCCCAAAUCUCAAGAGGACUUUGGACGCCCCGUGAAUGCACCCAAAUCCACAAUUAAGCGCCCGCUGCAACAAGACGGCAAGGAGAGCAAGAGAAUGCGCAUGACGGAGGAGUUUGAAGAUGACAUGGAAACGGGGGGCCAGCCCAGCCUCAAGGGCGCCCCGGUCCGCCCAUCUGGUGGCUUUAAGAAGGUUGCCGCCGGGUCUAUGCUUUCGCAGGCCCAAAAGCCAGUCAAACCUCAAGAUCCGGCAACCAAGAACAUGUUCCCGAGCGGAUAUGCGAACGCGCCUCCGAGCGCUACCAAGAACCUAUUCAAGUCGACGUUGACGAGCCAGCACAACACGUUAUCAAAGCCUGGGCACCCUAUGGACACGGCCCAAUUCGCAAAGGGUGCAAUUCCCUUUGCCCCCAACCCAGCCGGGCCUGCUCACAAGACGCCUGCUCGACCUGUUGGCGGUCCAAGCGCUAAAUCUGCGGCCAAGUCGGCAGCACGCUCAUCACCCCGCUUCCAGAACGGCGAACAGAUUGAGCUUCCAGAGAUUAACACAGAUGAUGAGGACGAAUACUCUGAUGAUGAGCAGAAGCAAAUGUUUGCUUCAUGGACUGACUCGCCUGCUCUCCGACGCGCCUUGAUGGAUCAAGAGACCUUGGAUCCCAUGCGAGUAUUUGGAGCUCCAGCACCACUCAACAUGGAAGAGGUUUUCAGCAAGAGCAAAGAUCGAUGGCACAAGUUCCGAGCCCGAACCUCUAGUGCAAACUGGAGCGGUACAGAUAGGCUGACAGAGGAUGACAUUCGGAAGGAUCUUGCAGCUCGAGACAAGCUAAGACGUGAAGGUGGUUGGUCGUAUGACAUGAGCCGAGAUAUGCUGUAG